AGGAGUGGGCCUAGUUGGAAGAGAGAGCAGAGAGGCGUUUAUAAUCCAGACAGUCUUUGAAUUUGUAUUUGUUUGAUUAAAAGAGAUUAUAAUUUCAAUUUUGUGCGGAGAAAUUUACUAAUAAUUUUUUUCAUUGUAAAAUUGGGCUCAAUCUUGGAUUCGUUGUGAUCCCGCCAAACAAGACUCUUUUUACUCUCUCCACCUCCUCACGAAUUUUUCUUCUCCACCGUCGAUUCCUUCUCCUCUCCGGUGUCGCCGGAAAAAAUCUCGACAUUAGAAGAAGCUUCGUGAAUAUAUAUUUUUUCGUCUUUUUUAUAUGAAGGGACAUAGAGAUUUAUGAUGCUUUGUGCUUCUUUACGAGAUCGAAUACAGCCUUGGCUUCGCGACUAUGUUAGGCUCCAAUCUCUCGCUGUCUUCCUUAUUUACGCUCAGAUUGGGUGCGCUCUAAUCGGAUCAUUAGGAGCAUUAUACAACGGAGUUUUGUUGAUAAAUUUAGCGAUUGCGUUGUUUGCUCUUGUUGCAAUCGAGAGCAAUAGCCAAAGUCUCGGCCGCACCUACGCCGUUCUUCUCUUCUGCGCUCUUCUUCUUGAUAUCUCUUGGUUCAUACUCUUCACCCAAGAGAUUUGGAGCAUUUCAGCUGAGGCGUAUGGAACCUUUUUCAUAUUUUCAGUGAAACUGACUAUGGCCAUGGAAAUGAUUGGCUUCUUUGUGAGGCUGUCGUCCUCUCUCUUAUGGUUUCAGAUUUAUAGACUGGGGGCUUCUAUCGUCGACACUUCACUUCCUCGUGAAACGGAUUCGGAUUUACGAAAUAGCUUCUUGAAUCCACCGACUCCUGCUAUAGCUAGACAAUGUUCUGGUGCUGAAGAGAUCUUGGGUGGUUCUAUCUACGAUCCAGCUUACUACACCUCUCUAUUUGAAGAGAGCCAAACCAAUUUAAGUUCACCUAAGGCAGCACAGGUGAAUCAUUAUUCAGCUGGGAACAGUGGAUCACCAUCUGCUGGAGAAGCCUCUCAUUUUAAGUCUCCCAUGUCUAGAUCCUUGCAUUCAAUUGAUGAAGAGAAGGGAUUGAAGCAACCGGAAGAGAAGGGUUUGAAGCAAACAGGGAUGGCUUCAAUAUGAUUGAAGAACGGUAGUGUAACCAAUGUGGGCAUCUAAACAAACUGAGUUGUCUGUUGAGGUUUUAGUUAUCGGAUUUUGAAGCCGAUACAAAAUGUUAUUCACCAGUUUUUUUCCGUAAGCGAGGGAGAAUCACGAAGAGUCGCAGUGUCCAUACAAAGUAGAGCAAGAUUAUAUAAGAGCUACCAGAAGGUGAGACUUUCUAUAUGUUGACGACAAGUAAGCACUGUUUUUACUUUUGGUUUCUUUUCUUUGCAUUAUUUUAUUCUCGGUCUGAAGAUAUGUUAUUUUUGGGGAUCUUUUAUGGUUAGAAUAGUAGAGUGAGUGGAUGGAUCCAUCAAAUAUAUGAUUCUUUCCGAGUUUCUUUUUUAUUACUUGUGUGUAAAUGGAGAUACGUUCAUAUUUUUAAAAUUUUGGUUUGCAAA